AUGGACCAACAGACACCCCCAAGAACACCAGUGUUGGAGGGCAGUACUCCGGACGAUGAAAUAAAGAAACACCAAACUGAUGGUAUUACUAUCACGGGGUUGGGUAUAAUUGGAUCCGGACAUGUGCUUGCUCCUUCAAAAGAUCUGGAAUUAUCAACCUCUAUCAAGGCCAUCGUCAACUCUGAGGCUGCGGCGAUGGCAUCAGCGGGGCAACUGGUUUUUCCAAAGGCGGUUUUAUACGGGAAGACAAUAAACAGAGUUGUCAAACUCCUUCAAAGCGCAAAUGGCCUCGACAAAAUCGUUCGCACAAUACAAUACACCUCCCGUCUUAUAGCGCAUAUAAUGCUCCUGAAAAACCUACACACCCCCACUACUUCUACCGCAGCAGCUGGUAUCCGUCGUCAAUUCGGACUGACGAGACGUCUCCUGCGUUGUUUCAACAAUAUUGGCCAAAUCAACGUCACGAUAAACCUCAUCCGCGAAGGCAGACAGAGGAUCAAUAAUGACUUUAUGGGAUACAUAUUAGAAUUGAUAGAAGGACUCGGGUAUACUGGAUUUGGUAUCGCGGACUCUUUGGGGUACUUACCUGAGGCGGGAAUUAUGGGAAUUCCGUACAAGGGAGUAGUGGAUAAACUGGCAUUUCACUUUUGGUUAUAUGCAUUAGUGGCAUCGAUAGUGGGAGGAUUAGUCAAGGUUAUGAGGCUUCGAAGAAGGCUAGGAAGAUAUAACUCGAUUUUCCCUACCGUGGAGCAGGCAACUAUCGAAUCUACGAGCCAUCAGGUUGAAUCAAUAAACGAGAACGAGAACGAGAAGGUACAAAUACUGCACAAAAUGCAGGAGCUACCACCGACACCACCAGAUUCGCCGAUACCCGCGACCCAAGUAUCUGUCAAUGAUGCUGCUCUUUCGGUGGUUAAGGGUCUAGAGGAACAACAGUUCAAUACUGGGCUUAACGUUAUUGGGAAUGCAGCGGAUAUUAUUUUCCCGCUUGCCGCUUUGAAGGUUAAAGGGUUUAGUGCCUUUAGCGAUGGUGUUAUGGGGUUUGCAGGUUGCAUUAGCAGUGCAGUUGGUAUGAGAAAGGCUUGGAAGGCUACUGCAUAG